AUGGACAGCUCUCUUUUUGAAGAGUGGGUGCGAGAAAUCAAUGCAAUGUUUCUAAAAGAAGGUCGAAAGAUAGUCUUGAUCAUCGAUAAUUGUCCCGCUCACCCUGAUGUCGGUGGACUGUCCAACAUUAAAUUGAUUUUCUUACCUCCAAAUACAACUUCUGUGUCACAACCGAUGGACCAAGGUGUCAUAAGAUGUCUUAAGUCUCUUUAUCGCCAAAAAUUGGUCAACAUGAUGAUUCAAAACCUAGAAAAAGGCAAAGAUCUUCCAAAAGUUUCAAUUCUGCGUGCUCUUCAAAUACUUGUUUCGUCGUGGGACAAAGUGAAGAAAGAAACCAUCGUAAAUUGCUUCAAGAAAUCAAAGAUUUCCAAGAAAGCUCAACAGAAUGCAACUGAUGAUAUUGAUGAUCCAUUUAAACAACUGGAGAAAGAUCUCACACAACUGCGUGCCAUUGACGAUACCAUUAUUCCUGCUGAUCUCUCGGCCCGUGAUGUUGUCGAUAUUGACCAAGAUUUGACCACAAUCGAAAAUCCCGUGACUGAUGAAGAAAUCCUUGAGUCGGUACGGCCAAGUACAGAUGAGAAUGACGAGGAGCAUGAUGAAAAUGCCGAUGUCAUCGAGGUGUUUGAUGAGCCAGUGAGCAAGCCAACAAAAUCAGAAAUAAACACUGCAGUGGAGACUUUACAAAAUGCUUGUCUAUUCACUGAUGAUGGAAAUGACAUGCAACGCCUCCUGCUUCGCUUUGAAGAUUUGUUUCUUAAAAGUGAAAUGAAAAACAAGAAGCAAACUAGUAUUUUGAAUUUUUCCGUCAAAAAUAAUGUAUGUAAUUGUAAUCAACAAUAA